AUGAAGCUGUUUUGGUGCUACGUCACAGCAGCAUUACUAACGAUUACGCAAGCUGCUGUAGACGUUGAAAAAACAGUACAACAAGUUCAAAGUAUACUCAAAGCUAAUACGUUACUACCUAGACUUACUAGGGAUGAAAUUAUACAACUUUUAAAUGAUAUACGAAGUGAAGAUGCAAAAAGUAAAUCUGAGUCCAAAGAAAAAUCGAAUGAAAUAAAAAACACUACAAUAGGAGCUUUAAAAGAGAAUUUAAAAGAUGACACAACAACCUUAAAAUAUAAAAACUUAGAAGAUAAUGAAAUAGCAACGCAACUUUACCACGCAAGCUUAAAUAAUGAUAAAAAUAGUAUAGCAGAAACGACUGAAAGAAAUGUCAUAGAAUCGACAACAAAAUCUAGCGGUCAAACUUUGACAGUUGUUUUACCUUAUACACCUCGAGAUGGUUCGUCUUUGCAAGAAUUAUAUACAAAACCUCCACGUCUUCAAGUUGUUACAGAAAGCGUUACUCCAAAACCAAUUAAAACGUCAAAAUCGAAAGUACAAACAAAUCAAUUGGUAAAGAAUAAAAAUACAAAAACACCAAAGCUAGAUCUUCCAGCUGAAUUGCAGGCAUUUUUAGAGGCGCAUGGACUGAAGGGAAAUCCCGGCCAGGAUAACUUCUUGCUACCCCUAGAAGGUUUCAAGCCGUUACCAGCGCCAAAGUUAGUAGAUGGUUCAAUACAAUUACCAGAAAAUUUAUUACUUACUUACGAUCUUAUAUCACCAUCAGAUUUGUCAACAUCCAGAAAUAAAGAUCAAAAUUUAGCUCAAACAAAUUUCUUGUAUGAGCCUUUAAAGCCACAGUUUCCAUUUGAAUUAGACACAUCUUCAUCCGAAACAAAACAUAGUGUUCUACCUCUUGAUUUACCAAAACCCAGAAAACCAAAAGCAGUCUCUAGUACUCCAAAGCCUAAUUAUGAACCAAUUGAUUAUGAAGCUGUAAAAGUCAUACCAUUAAAUCAAGGCCCUAAUCCUGCGGAUGAUGAAGUACUGGUUGGUGUCGAACAAAAUAAAAGGCAAACAAAUGAAACUGCAAGUUUAGUCGUAGCUAAUUCUACUAGCACUGAAUCUACUAGUCAACAAACAGAGACUAAAAACGCAGAAGUACCAGACAAUAUACCAUCUGACACAGAUGCAGGGGCGUCUAUAGCUGACCUUGAAGAUUCUUUUGGAGGUGCAGCUCCAGUUGUACCAGGUGACUCAGAACUGCCACCGCCGAAAAAAAAUGGUUUCUACUGGAUGGCUGAUUGGAAUAGUUUUCUAGAAGUAGGUGAUGGUGAUACAAAAGUAAAUAUUCGAUUUGAGCCCAAAUUUGGUGAUCCUCAAAUGUUUUUACCUGUAAAUGUACCA